GCUUUGUAUGCAGUGUAAGAGUUAAAUAGAUGAACACAGAACGAUAUUCAUGUUAGUGAAAUGUCGUUUUCUGUUGUGAAAUGUAAAUUAAAUAGCCUAGCAGUGGAUGAACUAUGUUAAUAACAACUUUUAAAUGCAGUCUUGUGUUUCGGUGAAGUCAACCGAGCCGCUUCACAUCCUAACCUGUGGGCCUGCAAGCUAUCUGCAGUGAUGAGUGACGGGUCUAUUUUAGAAAGGAGGCUGACCCCAAACAGGACGUCGGCUGUUUGUCAUCGUGAGGUACCAGGGAAGAAAGAGAAGGGAGAAACAAUGGAUCAGGACCUGUUUGGGGGGGCCCCCAGGUUUCUCACGAGGCCCAAGGCGGUCUCGGUGUGCAUGGGUAAGGAUGCCACUCUCAGCUGCACCAUCGUGGGGAACCCCAUCCCGCUCAUCACCUGGGAGAAGGGCAAACUCCGGCUGACCUCGGGGGGGCGCUUCAAGACGGUGGACGACGGCGACGUCUACCGCAUCACCAUCUACGACCUGGCCCUGGAGGACAGCGGCCAGUACCUGUGCCGCGCCAAGAACACUGUGGGGGAGGCCUACGCCGCUGUCACCCUCCAGGUGGCGCUGCCCUCGGAGAUGGCCCUGAGGGCGCCCGUCUUCAUGGUGAAACCCACCAACUCCCGCGUGGUUCUGGGGGGUAACCUGGUGUUCUACUGCCGGGUGGCGGCCCACCCGGAGCCCGCCUUCGACUGGGAGAAGGACGGCCGCUACAUGGGCGUGACCAACCGCAUCAAGAUCGUCUCGGACAGCGACAGCAGCUCCCUGAAGAUCCAGAGCGUGCGGAACCUGGACGCCGGCACCUACACCUGCAGGGUGCAGAACAGCUCGGGCCGGGCGCACGCCUCUGCCGUGCUCGCCGUGGACGCCCAGGACUCCCGCCAGCAAGGGGCGGCGGCGGAUAAGAACACCUCCCUGCUCUCGCACCUGCAGAAGCGCAAGGAGGACAUGAAGAAGGACAUCUCCGUCUACCGCACCGAGGACGGCGUCUCCUCAUCCUCCGUCUCCUCCUCCUCUUCCUCCUCCACCACCACCGCCAACAGCAGCAGCAGCAUCAGCAUCAAGGAUGGGCUGAGCGCUCUGAGUAUGGAGCAGCGCAUGAGGGCCUCGGCGCUGGCCAAGCUGCCCAAGGGCGUGUUUACCCGCACCUGCACGGUCACGGAGGGGAAGCACGCCAAGCUGAGCUGCUUCGUCACGGGCCACCCCAAGCCCCACAUCAUCUGGAGGAAGGACGGCUCCAACAUCAGCGAGGGCCGCCGGCAGGUCAUCUACGAGGACCAAGCGGAGAACUUCAUCUUGAAGAUCCUGUACUGCAAGCAGAGCGACAACGGCCUGUACACCUGCAACGCCACCAACAUGGCCGGGCAGACCUACAGUGCCGUGCUGGUGAUCGUCAAGGAGCCCAAAGUGCCGUUCAGGAGGAAGCUCCAGGACGUGGAGGUGCAGGAGAAGGCGUCGGCCACGCUGCUGUGCGAGGUGCCGGCGUCGGCCACCAUGGCCAACUGGUUCAUGGAGGAGACCCGCAUCGAGGAGAGCUCCAAGUACCGCAUGCAGCAGGACGGCACGCUGCGCCGCCUCACCAUCCACAACGUCACCACCAACGACGACGCUGUGUACAUCUGCGAGAUGGCCGAGGGCAGCCGCACCGUGGCCGAGCUCACCGUGCUGGGUAAUAUCACAAAAAAGCUGCCCCGGAGGACGGUGGUCCCCGUCAGCGACACGGUCAUCUUCUGCGUGGAGCUGGAGCAUCCCUGCCCCGACUCCUACUGGACCCGCAACGCCGAGAGGCUGAAGCAGGACUCCCGCAUCUCCAUGGCCUGUGUGCUCAGACAAUACACCCUCACCAUCAAAGACUGCCAGGCCGGGGACUCCGGAGAGGUGGCCUUCGUUGCGGGCGACUGCAAGACGUCCACUCGGUUCUCCGUCACUGCUGCAAGAAAACAUCCGCCAGACCCCCCAGUCAACGCAGUGGUGCAGAACAAGACAGACUCCUCCAUCACCCUCCAGUGGUCGCCCCCGGACAGCGAUCGCCCCGUGCCCAUCAAGAGCUACAUCAUCGAGAGGAGGAAGGUCGGCAACCAGCAGUGGCAACGCUGCAACGCCACGGAGAUAAUCGUCUCCACCCAGACGACCCUCUGCAACUUCACAGAGGAGACCAGCUACCAGUUCCGUAUCUCUGCCGUCAAUGAUUUCGGCCAGAGCCCCUACUUGGAGGUGUCUGGAAGCUUCUAUCUCGAGCCUUCUGCGGAGAUGAAGAAAGGUCUAGUGGACAGCACUGCCUACUUCGGGGACGAGCACUCGCUCUCCGUGGAGUUGUCCGCCGUCUGCUCCGGGUUCUGGUCCCUGAACGGUCGCAUGCUGCGCAGCGGGGGUGAAUACCUCAUCACGAGGUCCAAGAACGUUCACACGCUGACCAUCCACGAGGUCACCAUGGAAAUGAACGGAGUCGAGGUCAAAUUCGUGGGAGGCGGCUCGGAGACCCGCUGCGUACUAAGUGUUAAGGCCCCCUCUGUCAGGUUCACCAGUAAGUCAGAUCCCAUGGAGGUCGUGACCUGCAGCGCUCAGGCCACAGCUCAGCUCACCGCCGAGGUGUCUGAUCACGAGACAAAGGUGGUCUGGAUGAGAAAUGGAAGGGAGGUGAAAGUAGGGAACAAGUAUGAGUAUGUGAUUUUGGAGCGCAAGAGGACCCUGUUGGUCCACAAUGUCUCGGAGGAGGACGUGGGUGUCUACGAGUGUGUUUUGGAUGGCGACAGAAUGUCCCUGCAACUUGCCCUUAAAGACGAACCUGUGAAGUUCAUCAACAAGCCCAGAGGCACCAUGGGCAUGAUGUCCACCCUCACAGGAGACCUGGACCUGAGCUGCGAGGUGUCUUCUGCCAGUGCCACGGUGGCGUGGAAGAAGGAUCAGGUUGAGAUCCAUGAAGACCAAAGGACCAGCAUGACCUCUAACGGAACGCAGCGCAGGCUGAUCAUCAAGAGCGCCAAGAAAACAGAUGGAGGACAUUAUUCCUGUGAGGUGGCCGGAGACAAAGUCACAUUCCAUGUCAAGAUCAAAGAAACCCAAGCAGCCGCUACAGUCUCUGCAGCAACUGAAUCCACUACAGUCAGUUCAUCAACUACAGUCACUACAGUCUUCUCAAACAAGGAGUCCAUCCAGAGCGAGGUGAAGGCGACUCUUUCCCAGAAGGCCACCCUCAGCUGUGAGGUGUCUGACGUGAAGACGGAGGUGAAAUGGUACAAGGAUGGGAAGCUGCUGACCUCAAGCAAGAGCAUCUCCUUUGAGGCCAAAGGCAAAACUCGCCUGCUGGUCAUUGAAAAGGUGGAGAAGAAGGAUGCUGGAGAGUACAUCUGUGAAGCUGGAACUGAGAAGUUGGUGUACAAGUUACAGGUGUCAGAGAUCCAGACCAAGUCAACCUUCUCCAGCAAGGAGUCGAUCCAGCGGGAGGUGAAGGCCACUCUCUCCCAGAAGGCCACCCUCAGCUGUGAGGUGUCUGACGUGAAGACGGAGGUGAAAUGGUACAAGGAUGGGAAGCUGCUGACCUCCAGCAAGAACAUCUCCUUUGAGGCCAAAGGCAAAACUCGCCUGCUGGUCAUUGAAAAGGUGGAGAAGAAGGAUGCUGGAGAGUAUGUCUGUGAAGCUGCAGGGGAGAAGCUGGUCUUCAAGAUCCAUGUCUCAGAGGCCCACUCAGUCUUCUCCAGCAAGGAGUCCACCCAGAGAGAGGUGAAGGCCACUCUGUCCCAGAAGGCCACCCUCAGCUGUGAGGUGUCUGACGUGAAUGCGGAGGUGAAAUGGUUCAAGGAUGGGAAGCUGCUGACCGCCAGCAAGACCCUUCACAUGGAGUCUAAGGCCAAGAGUCGCCAGCUGGUGAUAGACAGUGUGGAGAAGAAGGAGGCUGGAGAGUACGUCUGUGAAGCUGGAACUGAGAAGCUGGUGUAUAAGUUACAGGUGGCAGAGGACCAAACCAGGCAGGCCUUCUGCAACAAGGAGUCGAUCCAGCGGGAGGUGAAGGCCACUCUGUCCCAGAAGGCCACCCUCAGCUGUGAGGUGUCUGACGUGAAGACGGAGGUGAAAUGGUACAAGGAUGGGAAGCUGCUGACCUCAAGCAAGAACAUCUCCUUUGAGGCCAAAGGCAAAACUCGCCUGCUGGUCAUUGAAAAGGUGGAGAAGAAGGAUGCUGGAGAGUACGUCUGUGAAGCUGCAGGGGAGAAGCUGGUCUUCAAGAUCCAUGUCUCAGAGGCCCACUCAGUCUUCUCCAGCAAGGAGUCCACCCAGAGAGAGGUGAAGGCCACUCUGUCCCAGAAGGCCACCCUCAGCUGUGAGGUGUCUGACGUGAAGGCGGAGGUGAAAUGGUUCAAGGAUGGGAAGCUGCUGACCGCCAGCAAGACCCUUCACAUGGAGUCUAAGGCCAAGAGUCGGCAGCUGGUGAUAGACAGUGUGGAGAAGAGGGAGGCUGGAGAGUACGUCUGUGAAGCUGCAGGGGAGAAGCUGGUCUUCAAGAUCCAUGUCUCAGAGGCCCAGUCAGCCUUCUCCAGCAAGGAGUCGAUCCAGAGAGAGGUGAAGGCCGCGUUCUCCCAGAAGGCCACCCUCAGCUGUGAGGUGUCUGACGUGAAAACGGAGGUAAAAUGGUGCAAGGAUGGAAAGCUGCUGACCUCAAGCAAGAACAUCUCCUUUGAGGCCAAAGGCAAAACUCGCCUGCUGGUCAUUGAAAAGGUGGAGAAGAAGGAUGCUGGAGAGUACAUCUGUGAAGCUGGAACUGAGAAGCUGGUGUAUAAGCUACAGGUGGCAGAUGCCGCCGCAAAGUUCCAGAAGAGGUCGAUCAAGGACACCUGUGUGGAAGCGAGCGAGAAGGUGGUGUUGACGGCUGAGCUGACCUCGGAGAGCGCCUCCGUCACUUGGUUCAGGGACGGGGUGCAACUCACUGAAGGCAGCAAGUAUGAGAUGAAGAAAGACGGCCUGUCUCGUACGCUGGUCGUGAAAUCCACCGAGGCCAAAGACAGUGGGACUUACUCCUGUCACUCGGCCGAUGACAAAAUUGAGUUCAAGGUACAGGUCAAAGAAUCGGCGUUGAAGUUUGUGACGCCCUUGAAGGCUGUCGCGGUGGAGCUGGGCGGCAAGCUGAGCCUGAUGUGUGAGCUGAACCAAGCGGCCGGGGACGUUCUCUGGCGCCAUGGCGGUAAGGAAAUGAAGCCUGGCGGCCGGUGUGUCGUCAGCACGGACGGCGCCAAGCGGGUCCUGAGCGUGACCGCCAUGACCAAGGAAGACGAGGGAGAGUACAGCUGUGAAUGUAAAAACGACAAGACCUCUGCUACGGUUACCUCAAAGGCACCCAGACUAGUGAGGUUCACCGCCAAGCUAAACAACGUCGUAGCGGUGGAGGGAAAAGACGCCAUCUUUAAAUGCACCGUCACCCCAGCCGACGUAAACGUCAAAUGGUUCCGCAACAACAUACCCAUCGCUGCCGGGCCAAAGUACAAGAUUGAGCACGGGGGCACCUGCCACUCCCUCACCAUCACCGCCGUCGCCCAGAACGACGCUGGAGAGAUCAGUCUGGACGCGGAGGGCAAGGGCUGCAACGCCACGCUGCAAGUGCAACAGGUUCCUGUGACCAUCAAGAAGAAGCUGGAGAACAUGACCGUGGAGGAACAGAAGGAGGUGCGGAUGGAGGUGGAGCUCAGCAGGCCUUCGGCGGAGGUCAGGUGGAUGAAGAACGGCGUGGUGCUGCAGCCCGCGGGCAACGUGGAGCUCCUGGUGGUCGGAGCCAAGCAGAGCCUGGUCUUCAAGAGCGUGGCGUAUGCCGACCGCGGUCUCUACUCCUGUGAAACCCUCGAUGACAAGACCCAGGCCAAGCUCACUGUUGAGAUGAGGAAGAUUUCGAUUGUGAAGGGACUGAAGGAAACCAGUGCUCAGGAGGCCGAGACGGUGACUCUGGAGGUGGAGCUCAACCAGGCUGACGUCGAGGCCUCCUGGACCAGAGACGGCCUCAAGAUCAAGACAGGGCCCAGCUGCCGUACCACAGUGCUGGGGAAGAAGCAUGCCCUCACGCUCACCCAACUCAAGAUGGAGGACGCGGGAACCAUCGCCUUCCAAGCCGAAGGGGUCCACACAUCCGCCAAAUUAAUUGUCACAGAACCCGCUGCCAUGAUCUCCAAACCCAUCUUGGAUAUCCGUGCUCCUGAGAAAGAUAAGGUCACCUUUGAGUGUGAACUCUCAAGAACCAACGCCGAAGUCAAGUGGUUUAAGGAUGACACUGAACUAAAACCAGGGAAGAACCUGGGAAUCUAUUGCUCGGGCCGCAAGCGCAGUCUGAUAAUCCAGAAGUGUAGCACAGAAGACCAAGGCACUUACAUCUGUCGCUCGGCAGACGACAACACAUCAGCCAAGCUCACCGUGCACGCCCGAGACAUUAAGAUCGUUAAGAAACUGGAGGACGUGGAGGUGACGGAGAAGGAGAGCGCCUCGUUCGUGUGUGAGAUCUCCCACGACGAGGUGGAGUGUCAGUGGCACAAGGGAAGCAGCAAGCUCAAAGUCGGGGACAACAUCAAAAUGAGACAAGAGGGCAAAAUGUAUGUCCUCCUGUUCAAAUCGGUGACUCCAGAAGACGUUGGUGAGGUUAAAUUUACGGCUGAGAAGGCCUCCUCCAGUGCAAAACUUAAAGUGAAAGAGCUGCCCGUGAAGUUUGUGAAGAGGCUGCGAGAUAAGAUCGCCAUGCACAAGCACCGCGGCCACCUGGAGUGCCAGGUGUCCCGCGCCAGCGCCCGCGUCAGCUGGUACAAGAACAAGACGGAGAUCAAAUCCGACCGCAAGUACGAGGUCAGGAGCGAGAACGUGUACCGGAAGCUCACCAUCAACGACGUGUGCUCGGACGACGAGGACACGUACACCUGCGACGCCGUCGACGACAAGACGUCCUGUAAGCUGCUGGUGGAAGAGCAGGCCAUCAGCAUCGUUCGGGAGCUGAGCGCAGUAGAAGUGACCGAGCCCUUCGCUGCCGUCUUCGAGGUGGAGAUCAGCAUGGAGCUGGUGAAGCCUCCCAUCUGGACGCUGAACGGAGCGGCGUUGCAGGAGAGCACUGACGUUGAGUUGGAGAAAGAAGGCACUUUGCAUCGUCUCACCUUCAAGAAGACCAAAGCCUCCAUGACUGGCCCCAUGCAGUUCACCGCUGGCAAGAGCAAAUCCCACGCCCAACUCACUGUCAAAGAGCGCCCCCUGGAGGUGGCAGAACCAAUCAGCGAGGUUAAAGCGAAGGAAAAGGGCUCGGCUGUGCUGAGCUGCAAGUUCUCCGCCGUGCCCAAAGAGGUGAACUGGUUUAAAGGGGAAACGUUACUGGCCAAGUCUGACAAGUUCAGCAUCAGGCUAGAUGCCUCAAAGGCUCAGCUGAUCGUUCAGAACCUGAUCUGCGAGGACAGCGGUGAAUACUGCUGCCAGUCGGGACCUGCCAAGACCAAAGGCUCUCUCACCGUGGAAGCGCGAGACAUCCAGAUCACCAAGCACCUGGCCGACACCGAGGUGGACGAGGACAGCGACGCCGCCUUCACCUGCGAGGUGAACUACGCGGACGAGGAGCUGCAGUGGCUGCUGAACGACAAGCCGCUGUGCACCAACGAGGUCAACACCAUCACCCACGAGGCGAAGGCGCACAAGCUCACCCUCAAGAACCUGGCCCCCCAGGACGGGGGAACCAUCCGCGUCAAAGUCCGGACGGUCACGGAAUCCGCCACGCUGAAGGUCAAAGAGAAACGGGCCGUGUUCCUCAAGUCGCUGGAUGACGUGGUCGGAGAGGAGAAGGGCAUGAUCACCCUGGCGUGUGAGGCCUGCAAACCCAGGGUGUCUCCCACGUGGAGGAAGGACGGCGCCGUGCUGAAGGACGGCGCCGUGCUGAAGGCCGGCCCCAAGUACGAGCUCCUCCACACCGGCAAGGCCCUGGGCCUCAUCAUCAAGGACGUCACCAAGGAGGACGCAGGGGAGUACAGCUGCGACCUGGGCACGGAGGUGUCCAAGUCAAAGGUCACUGUGAGAGAAAUAGCCAUCGGUAUCACCAAGUAUCUGAAGUCGGCAGAGGUCACCGAGGGAGAGUCCUGCAGCUUUGAAUGCAUCCUGUCCCGGGAGACCCCAGACGCUUGCUCCUGGACCCUGAACGGAACCACAGUCACCGACGGAGGACGCUUCAGAGUCUCUAGUAAAGGACGCAAGUACAUGAUGACCGUCAAGGAGGUCGCCCUUGCUGAUGCUGGAGAAGUGAUCUUCAGCAUUAUAGAGCUGAGCUCCAAAACGACCUUAGCAGUUGAAGGUAAAGCUCAGUCUUUGUCCAAGGAGCUCCAGAAUGUUAGCGUCAGUGCAGGGGAAGACGCCGUGUUCACCUGUGAGGUCACACAGGUUAAGGCCGUUGUGAACUGGGCCAAAGACGGCAAGGGCAUCAGGAAGAGUCAGAAGUACGAACUCCUUCAAGAGGAGAAGGUCAGGAAGAUGACCAUCCACGGGGUUGCUGCCCAGGACUCAGGGGAGUACAGCUGUGAGGUGGUUGGAGGAGCCACUACCAAGGCCCGGCUGGAGAUAAAAGAACCAGUCCAUGCGUUCACCAGAGCCCUGAAGGACUGUGCCGCUGAAGAGGAGGGCACCAUCACCCUACAGUGUGAGACCGAACAGAGCCCCACUAAGGUGACCUGGUACAAGGGCAGCACAGAGCUCCGGUCUGGAGCCCGCUAUGAUAUGUCCCAGAAGCAGGGAGUCCUGAGCCUCACCAUCAGACAGCUGGAGGAAACAGACAGUGAGACCUACACCUGUGACGUGGUAACUGCCAAGAGCACGUCAAAGGUCUCCGUCAAAGCCCUGCCUGCCAUUUUUAAAGAGCAGCUGAAGAACCAGCGUGCCAAAGAAGGGGAGAGUGUUACCCUGGGAUGUGACUUAUCAAAGCCUGGGGCUGAGGUUCUGUGGAAGAAAGGUUCUGAAAUUCUCCAGGCUGGAAUAAAGUAUGAGAUGAGGCAGAGAAGCACCUCCUGUGAGCUGAAAAUGACCCAGUUGAAGGAGGAAGACAGUGGAGAAUAUUUCUGUGUGUGUGGAACCCAAACUACAUCUGCAACUCUCAGAGUCGAGGCAUUACCAGCGGUCUUCACCCAGAAGUUGGAAAGCCAAGAGGCUGAAGAGGAAAGCAGCGUGACUCUGCACUGUGAGCUCUCUAAAGCUGGGGUUCCCGUUGAAUGGAGGAAGGGAGCGAAGGUCCUCUCGUCUGGAGAAAAGUACCAGAUGAAGCAGAAGGCCUCAGUGAACGAACUGCUGAUCAGCACCGUGGCUCCAGAAGACAGUGGAGACUACAGCUGUGUGUGUGGAGAGCAGAAGACCUCCGCUAGCCUCAACAUCAAGGCCAAACCAGCGGUCUUCACCCAGAAGUUGGAAAGCCAAAAGGCUGAAGAGGAAAGCAGCGUUACUCUGCACUGUGAGCUCUCUAAAGUGGGGGUUCCUGUGGAAUGGAGGAAGGGAGCGAAGGUCCUCACGUCUGGAGAAAAGUACCAGAUGAAGCAGAAGGCCUCAGUGAACGAACUGCUGAUCAGCAACGUGGCUCCAGAAGACAGUGGAGACUACAGCUGUGUGUGUGGAGAGCAGAAGACCUCCGCUAGCCUCAACAUCAAGGCCAAACCAGCGGUCUUCACCCAGAAGUUGGAAAGCCAAGAGGCUGAAGAGGAAAGCAGCGUUACUCUGCACUGUGAGCUCUCUAAAGUGGGGGUUCCUGUGGAAUGGAGGAAGGGAACGAAGGUCCUUACGUCUGGAGAAAAGUACCAGAUGAAGCAGAAGGCCUCAGUGAACGAACUGCUGAUCAGCAACGUGGCUCCAGAAGACAGUGGAGACUACAGCUGUGUGUGUGGAGAGCAGAAGACCUCCGCUAGCAUCAACAUCAAGGCCAAACCAGCGGUCUUCACCCAGAAGUUGGAAAGCCAAGAGGCUGAAGAGGAAAGCAGCGUGACUCUGCACUGUGAGCUCUCUAAAGCUGGGGUUCCUGUUGAAUGGAGGAAGGGAGCGAAGGUCCUCACGUCUGGAGAAAAGUACCAGAUGAAGCAGAAGGCCUCAGUGAAUGAACUGCUGAUCAGCACCGUGGCUCCAGAAGACAGUGGAGACUACAGCUGUGUGUGUGGAGAGCAGAAGACCUCCGCUAGCCUCAACAUCAAGGCCAAACCAGCGGUCUUCACCCAGAAGUUGGAAAGCCAUGAGGCUGAAGAGGAAAGCAGCGUUACUCUGCACUGUGAGCUCUCUAAAGCAGGGGUUCCUGUGGAAUGGAGGAAGGGAGCGAAGGUCCUCACGUCUGGAGAAAAGUACCAGAUGAAGCAGAAGGCCUCAGUGAAUGAACUGCUGAUCAGCACCGUGGCUCCAGAAGACAGUGGAGACUACAGCUGUGUGUGUGGAGAGCAGAAGACCUCUGCUAGCCUCAACAUCAAGGCCAAACCAGCUGUCUUCACCAAGAAGUUGGAAAGCCAAGAGGCUGAAGAGGAAAGCAGCGUGACUCUGCACUGUGAGCUCUCUAAAGCAGGGGUUCCUGUGGAAUGGAGGAAGGGAGCGAAGGUCCUCACGUCUGGAGAAAAGUACCAGAUGAAGCAGAAGGCCUCAGUGAAUGAACUGCUGAUCAGCAACGUGGCUCCAGAAGACAGUGGAGACUACAGCUGUGUGUGUGGAGAGCAGAAGACCUCCGCUAGCAUCAACAUCAAGGCUGCAAAGCCCUUAUCACAACUCUCAGUGGCAUCUGCUAUGAAAGCAGAGGCCAAGAUUGAGGCUUCCCAACAAAGACAAGAAGCAGUCCACAAGCAGACACUUCAUGUGACCGAGGUGGAAGGAGUAGGAGCUGUGGGGUCUGCUGCUACCUCAUUAGUCUCCAAAGAACAGUUCAAGCGGCAGGAAGUAAACGAGACAGUCCAAGCUGUUCAACUUUCAACUACUGCAGAGAUCUUUACCAUGGAGUCUCAGAGGCUCCAUAUAGUAGAGUCCAUCUCGGAAAGUGUUGAUGUGACGUUAGGGAGCACAACCACUGUGAGGACUUACUCUGAAACACAAACGACAGAUGGAUCAUCUGGGGCUGGAGCUGUGAAGGUUUCUGCUGUGGGUUCCACCAAUCAGGACUCCAGGACUCAGGGCAGCAGAGGGGCAGCAGAAGUAGCGUUAGGGAGCACAACCACUGUGAAGACUUACUCUGAAACACAAACGACAGAUGGAUCAUCUGGGGCUGGAGCUGUGAAGGUUUCUGCUGUGGGUUCCACCAAUAAGGACUCCAGGACUCAGGGCAGCAGAGGGGCAGCAGAAGAUGUGAUGGUAGCGAGCACAGCCCCUGUGAAGAGUAACACUGAGGCAAACACCAGAGAUGAAUCUGCUGGAGCUGGAGCUGUGAAGGCUUCUGCCUUAGUGUCCACCUGUCCAGACUCCAGAACCCAGAGCAACAGAGGGGCUGAGGAAGAUGUGACAGUAUCGAGCACAGCCCCUGUGAGGACUAACACUGAAUCAGAAACCAGAGAUGAAUCUGCUGGAGACGGAGCUGUGAAGGCUUCUGCCUUAGUGUCCACCGGUCCAGACUCCAGGACCAAAGGCAGUAGAGGAGCUGAGGAAGCUCUUCCGGUCCUCUUCACUCGAGAGCUGGAGAGCACGGAGGCUAUGGAGGAAGGCAGCAUCACUCUGCACUGUGAGCUCUCCAAACCCGGACCGCCCGUGGAAUGGAGGAAGGGAUCCCAGCUCCUCAAGUCUGGCGAGAAAUACCACAUGACACAAAACGGAUGUUCUCACGCGCUGCAGAUCCUCGAUUUGAAACACAUUGACACAGGGAACUACGCGUGCAGUUCAGGCGACGCGGAGAGCUUCGCCUCGCUUAAAGUCAACGCCCUCCCGGUUGUUUUCACCCAAGAGCUUGAGAGUCAGGGGGCAGAGGAGGGGAACGAUGUCGUCCUUCGCUGUGCGCUCUCCAAGCCCGGGGUGGCUUUGGAGUGGAAGAAGGGAGAGCUGUGUCUCUGUCCCUGUGCUAAAUAUGACAUCAGUCAGACAGGCCUCAGUGCCACACUUGUAAUCCACAACGUGGACCCGGAGGAUUCCGGUAACUAUACAUGCGACAGCGGGGACAGGCAAAGCACCGCGCGGCUAACCGUGAAGGCUCAGCCCGUCCUUUUCACGUCCCAGCUGGCCGACCUGGAGGUGGAGGCCGGGGCGACGGCCGCGCUCCGCUGUGAGACCGCCAAACCCGGGGCCGGCGUGGUCUGGAGGCACGGCGACCGGGUGCUCGAGACCGACAGUAAGCACCAGCUGAGGAGGGAAGGGACGGCGGCCGAGCUGCUCAUCCAUAAGCUCCAGCGAGAGGACUCGGGGGAGUACACCUGCGACACGGGCAGCCACCGCACACGCGCCGUCCUCACAGUGCUGGCGGUCGAGGUCACCAUCGCGAGGUUCCUGGAGAGCUGCGUGGUGGGCGAGGGCGACGACGUCCGCUUCCAGUGCGUGGUCUCGCACCAGGAGGCGCCGCUGGCCGCGUGGACGCUGGCCGGCGUGCCCCUGCGGAACAACGAGAUGAACGUGAUCCGCUGCGAAGACCGGGUGCACAGCCUCACGCUGCGAGGCGUCACCAAGGCCGACUCCGGCACCGUCACCUUCUCGGUGGGGAACCACACGUCCACCGCCGCCCUGACGGUGAAAGCGGCGCCCGUGGUCUUCCAGAAGGAGCUGCAGAGCCUGGAGGCCGUCGAGGGCGACCAGGCCAUCUUGUCCUGUGAGACCUCCAGCACGGGGGGCCGGGUGCUCUGGAGGAAGGGCUCCCUGCUGCUCACCGACGGGCCCAAGUACUCCAUGGAGCGCCAGGGCUCCACCUGCAUCCUGGUGGUCAGCCAGCUCCGGGCCGAGGACUCCGGGGAGUAUACCUGCGAGACGGGCGACAAGCAGACCACCGCAACCCUGACCGUCAAAGAGUGCGUGCGCAUCGUCCGAGAGCUGUGCGACGUCACGGUGGGCACGGGGGGCGACGCGGUGUUUGAGGUGGAGCUCUCCCACGCGGGGGUGACUCACGGCGAGUGGUGGCUGGCCGACAACCAGCUCCAGCAUAACGACCUGAACGAAAUGAGCAGCGCAGGCCGGGUGCACCGUCUGGCCCUGAAGAUGGUGACCACGGACGAGACCGGGGACGUGGCCUUCGUGGUGGGGGAGAGCCGCACGGUGGCCUGCCUCCUGGUGGAGGAGAAAGCCAAAGUGCUAAUACUAGAGAAGCCCCAUGACACGGUGGCCCUAGAGGGCGAAUCCGUCACCCUGGCGUGCACCAUCUCCGACCCCGGGGCCACGGUCAGCUGGACCCGGGACAGCGCCGCCGUUAAACCGGGUCCCAAGUACGACCUGAGGAAGGCCGGGGCGUCGGAACAGCUCCGGAUCCACAACCUGCUCCCCGAGGACUCUGGGACGUACUCCUGCGACACGGGGGACGACUGCUGCGACGUCUCCCUGACCGUGGAAGGUGUGCCGGCGUUCUUCAAGAAAGAGCUGAAGAGCCGGCAGGCGGAAGAGGGCGACGACGUCACGCUGGCCGUCGAGGUGUCCAGGCCCGGCGUGCGCGUCGAGUGGAGGAAGGGGGGCGUGGUCCUCCAGCCCGGCGCCAAGUAUGAGAUGAGGGAGGAGGGGUGCGCUCGCGAGCUUUGCAUACGCGGCCUGGAGAAGGACGACGGCGGCUACUUUACGUGCGACGCGGGCGACCAGCUGACCACGGCGUCUCUGACGGUGCAAGUGAAAGAGACCCACAUUGUGUCUGGUCUUAAGUCGACUGACGUGUUUGUUGGGGAGUGGGCCUCCUUCGCCUGCCAGCUGUCUGGUAGGCCGGCAGGUAAGGUGCAGUGGUGGCUGGAUGGCACCAAGCUGGACCACAGCCCCUUCAGUGAGAUAGGGCUGUGUCCCGGCUUCAUCCACACACUCACCUUAAAAAGCCUGGCCUCCGGGGACUCUGGCACUGUCACGUUUAGUGCCGGCAGUCUGGCGUCAACAGCUAAGCUUUUAGUCAAAGAUCCCAUAGUGGAAGUGGUGUGUGAGAUGGAGGACCAGUGGGUGGCUGAGAACCAGCCGGCCCAGUUCAUCUGCCAGUACUCGCGGCCGGUCGAGGCCCAGUGGAGGAAGGACGGGCAGCCCCUGCAGCCCGAUGGCCGCAGGGUGUCGGUGGAGCAGGACUGGAAUGUGGCCCGCUUGUGCAUUAGCAGUGUGUCGGCCGAGGACAGGGGCACCUACUCCUGUGAGGCCGAGGGCACCCGUGUGGUCGCCGCUUUGCAUGUGGAAGCCAAGCCCAUCGACAUAGUCCAGGGUCUGGAGGAUCUGGAGACCAUCGACGGAGGAGAGGCGCUGUUCGAGUGCGCCCUGUCCCGCCCGGAGAACAAGGACUACCGCUGGAUUCUGAACGGGAAGCCGGUGAAGCAGUCCCCCAACGCGGAGAUCGUGUCCUUCGAGAGUGGCCGACGCCACCUGCUGCUCCUGAAGGAGCUGCGCGCGGCGGACAGUUGCACGGUGACCUUCCAGGCCGGGACGGCCUCGUCGUCCGCCCAGCUCACCGUUAAAGCCUGGCAGCUGGAGGUGGUGAAGGCCCUGGAGGACAAGGUGGCCACGGUGGGGGAGAAGGUGGAGUUCUGCGUGGAGCUCACGGAGCCUGUCCCCGUGGCGGAGGUAGCCUGGUACGCUAACGGUGUGGAGCUGAAGGCCGACAGCAGCUGGGCCAUGCGGGCGGACGGCCGGGCCUACCGCCUGGUCCUGAGACAGGCCACCCUGAUGCCCCAGCAGGAAAUCACCUUUGCGGCUCGGGAAGCUAUCUCCAUAGCUAAGCUAACCAUCAUCACUGUGCCCGACCCUCCCGAGGACCCCGAGGUCCUGAGUAAGACCCAGACCUCCAUCUCCCUCUCCUGGUUCACCCCGCUGCACGACGGCGCCAGCCCCAUCCUGGGCUACCGGCUGGAGAUGCGGGUGGCCGACAGCGCCCUCUGGCUGCCGUGCCACUCCGAGGCCGUCUGCAACACAGAGUACACGGUGGACAACCUGAUCGCGGGCAGCGGCUACCGGUUCAGGGUGGCGGCCAUCAACAGAGCCGGGACCGGGGAGUCCGUCCAGCUGCCGCAGACGGUGCAGCUCGAGGCCCCGGUGGCAGUGACCACGCCGCUGGCGUGCCUUGACCUGUGUGCAGGUAAGACGGCGCGCGUGGACUGCCAGCUUUCUGUAGAGGGCGUGUCGGUCACUUGGCUGAAAGAUAGCCGAGAGCUGGAGGUAGGGGCUAAGUACCAGUUCAGCACCGAGGGCCAGAGGCAAGUGCUGCUGGUUCAAAGCUUUGAGGCGGCCGACCAGGGGGUAUACACAUGCGUGGCCUCAGCUGACGCCGAGAGCUCCAUCGACCUCAUUCUGAAAGGAGCAGAGGUAAAGCAGGUGGGCGGAGACUCAGAGGACGGGGGCCAGCCGUGUUUGCCCCCUGAGGCGGCAGAGGAGGGGGACGUACACGAGCUGUGGGAGGCCUCGGCCAAGAAACGACGAAUGAGCCGAGAGCCCACUCUGGACUCCAUCUCUGAGAUGCCCGAGGAGGACUGUAAAGGCCGCAAGGAUAAAGAGCAGCUGGAGAAGAAGGAGGAGGUGAAGGAGGAGGUGAAGGAGGAGGUGAAGGAGGAGGUGAAGGAGGCAGAGGAAGUAGUAGAGGUGAAAACGACGGAGAAGGUCAAGGAGGAGGAACCUAAGAAGCCUGCGGAGCCCAAUCCGCCCGCGAGCUCCGGGGACGAGUCUGCGACGGGGGGUUCUUCGCUCGUGUCCUACCUCAAGAAAAGUAGCAAGACAUCGCUCUCGGUAGAAAGCCGAGCGGAGACCAUGUCCCCGACGGAGAGGUUCUACGCCCAAUUCAAAAUGUCCGACCAGAAGACCACCACGACGGUUCAGCAGGAAGAGGUGACGAUGACGACGACGACGCGCGAAGAGACCGUGAUGGAGAUCAGCAAGGAGGACGAGCCCGAGCUGCGUCAGGCGGCCGUCAAGAUCCAGGCCGCCUUCAAGGGCUUCAAGGCGCGCAAGGACAUGCGGCCGGUCUUCAAGGACGUCUUCCAGGACCAGACCAAGGAGCCCAACGGCACCAUCCACCUGGAGUGCGUGGCGGAGGGGAAGCCCGAGAAGGUGCAGUGGCUGAAGGACGGCGCGGCGCUGGCCGACGGCAAGCACCACCACAUCGACGUCUACAACGACGGCACCUGCUCGCUGGUCAUCACCGCCCUCACCGCCGGCGACACGGGCGUCUACACCUGCGAGGUCAGCAACAAGUUCGGCCUGACCUCGCACAGCGCCCGGCUGGGCGUGGGCACGCCGCCGGCGGUGUCGUCCGGCCGCCGGCCCCUGACGGUGGGCUACAGCGCCGACAGCGAGCCCGAGAGCUCGUCGGGGAGCGAGAUGGACGAGUCCCUGCGGCUGGCCGGCAAGCGCCUGCGCCGGCUCCUGCGCACGCGGCUGCCGCCGGACGUGGAGGAGGAGUCGUUCCUGAGCGCCGAGGAGGGGGACCUGGCGCUGGCGCCGGACCCCCAGUCGUACCGCGAGGACGAGCGCUACAUCUACAUCCGCUUCGACGCGCGGGCGGAGGCCCAGGUGGCGUCGCAGAGGUUCCAGGAGAUGUUCACGGCCCAGGGCGUGCCAGUGGAGACCACCAUCCUGGAGGCGGGGCCUGUCAAGGUGGAGCUGCGCAUCAUGAAGAUGGGCUACACGCAGGACGGCACGCAGACCCCCACGCAGGACAAACAGUUACCCGCCUUCAUGACGGGAGCCCCCGCUGCUCCGGUGUUCCUGACGGAGCUGCAGUCGCAGGACGUUCCCGACGGCUACCCGGUCAGCUUCGACUGCGUGGUGAUCGGGAAGCCGCCGCCGGCCGUCCGCUGGUACAAGGACGGCAAGCUGCUGGAGGAGAACGACCACUUCAUGAUCAACGAGGACCAGGAGGGCUGCCACCAGCUCAUCAUCACCACCGUGCUGCCCAGCGACAUGGGCGUGUACCGCUGCAUGGCCGAGAACAGCAGCGGCAUCAGCGCCACCAAGGCGGAGCUCCGCGUGGACAUCUCCUGCAGCUCUGACUACGACACAGCCGCCGACGCCACGGAGACCGGCUCCUACAUCAGUGCCAAGGGCUACAUGUCAAGGGAGACGGAGGCCUUUGAGUCGGUGGCUGAGGACGAACAGCUCCCCCAGGUGGUGGACGAGCUCCAGGAGGUCCGGGUCAGCCCCGGUUCGCCCGUCGCUAAGAUGCAGCUCAGGCUGAAAGGUUUCCCCAAGCCCAGGGUGUACUGGUUCAAGGAUGGCCAGCCCCUGCGGCCUUCCAAGAGGCUGGUGAUCCAGGCCGAGAGGGACGUGCACGGCCUGCAGGUCAUGGAGGUGACCCGGGCCGACAUGGGGGAGUACUCCGCCUACAUCAGCAACGUGGCCGGCUCCGCCUACUCCUCGGCCAGACUGCUGGUUCUGGGUCCCGGAGAGAUCAUGCCACAAGAUACAAAGAAAGACCCUAAAGAGCCGCUGGUGCCUCCGCGAUUCAUCGAGAGGUUCAGCAACAGGACGGUGAAGCAAGGAGCUAGCAUCACUCUGUCUGUCAGAGUGGAAGGCUCCCCCACACCCAUGGUGUCCUGGCUGAAGGAGGAGGCCAUGGAGGACGUGGUGUGGAUCAAAGCCGACACCAAGGGCUACAAGAUCGCGGGCUCGGGCCGGCAGCACAGCCUCAUCCUCAUGGACGUGGGCGCCGAGUACGCCGGCACCUACACCUGCAUCGCCACCAACCGGGCGGGGCAGUCCCUCUGCACCGCCCGCCUGGAGGUGGACGAGGCACCGAGACCAAAGCCGGAGACCAAAGUCCCAGAGGUUCUUGGGAUCACAGUGAGUCCUCCAGAGGAAGAGGCCAGCAAAGGAACAGAGGUGAAGAUGUCCUAUAUGGGAGAGGUGGGCUCGGAGGAGUUCCUGAUGAAGCUCACCACUCAGAUCACUGAGAUGGUUUCAGCCAAGAUGACCCAAGCCUCACUGCGUGUCCCCGGGGCGGGUGACAGUGACGACGAGACCAAGACCCCCUCUCCGUCCCCCCACCACGGGCGCUCCCGCCCUCCCUCGCUGGUGGCUGACUCCUCCUCUGAGUCGGACGAGGGCGACGCCCGCGGAGAGAUGUUUGACAUCUACGUGGCGUCGGCGGACUACACCCCGACGAUCGCCUGCAAGGAGUCCAUCUGUCUGAAGGAGGGACAGUACGUGGAGGUGCUGGAUUCUGCCCACCCCCUCAAGUGGCUCGUCCGGACCAAGCCCACCAAGACCACCCCUUCUCGACAGGGCUGGGUCUCCCCAGCCUACCUGGACAAGAAGCUCAAGCUGUCUGCUGACACGGGCGACCUUCCAGAGGCGAACGUGGAGGAGGUUUCUGAGGGGGAUUACAAGAGGAAGCUGAUGCAACUGAUCCAGGACCUGGUGAGCAGCGAGGCAGAGUUUGUGAAGGACAUGGAGUUCUUCACCUCGCACCACGUGAAGCACGGAAGCCACCCCGACGCGCCCGCUGACGUCUCCGCCCAGAAGGAAGCCAUCUUCCGCAACAUCGAGGACAUCAAAGCCUUCCACGGAGGGGCCUUCCUGCCCACGCUGAACGAGUGUGUGACGGACGACGACAUCGCCAUGCGCUUCCUGAGGAACAAGGAGGGCUUCGAGAAGUACCUGCAGUACCUGGUGGGCCAGGGCCAGGCCGAGGCGGCCGUGGGAGACAAGGCCGUCCACCACUUCUUCAAGGAGUACACUGACAAGGAGAAGGCCGGCUCGGAGCACCCUGUGCUGAGCAUCAACGCCUACAUGCAGAGGCCCCUGGAGAGGAUCCAGAAGUACAAGGCCAUCCUCAAGGAGAUGCUGCGGAACAAGGCCCGCAACGGGCAGAACUGCUGCCUGCUGGAGGAGGCCUACUCCACGGUGUCCUCGCUGCCCCAGCGCUCGGAGAACACGCACCACGUGGCCAUGAUCGAGAACUACCCGGCCACCCUGGGGGUGCUGGGGGAGCCCAUCAGACAGGGGCCGUUCCAAGUGUGGGAGGGGGCCCCAGGCAUCCGGUCCUCCUCGCGGGGCCACCACCGCCACGUGUUCCUGUUCAAGAACUACUGCGUCAUCUGCAAACCCAAGAGGGACAGCAACACGGAGACGCAGGCCUACGUCUUCAAGAACAUGAUGAAGCUAAACAACAUCGACGUGAACGAGACGGUGGAGGGCGACGACCGGGCGUUCGAGAUCUGGCACGAGCGCGAGGACUCGGUGAGGAAGUACACGCUGCAGGCGCGCACCGUCAUCAUCAAGAACUCGUGGCUCCGGGACCUCAGGGAGCUGCAGCAGCGCUACACCAUGCCCGCCUGGAGCCCCCCUGACUUCGAGGCCAUCCUGGCAGACUGCACGGCCGAGCUGGGACAGACUGUGAAGCUGGCCUGCAAGGUCACCGGUGUCCCCAAACCCGUGGUCAACUGGUACAAGGAUGGCCGCCCGGUGCAGGCGGACCCGCACCACAUCAUCAUCGAGGACCCCGACGGCUCCUGCACCCUCAUCCUGGACAACAUGACCGCUGACGACUCCGGCCAGUACAUGUGCUUCGCCACCAGCUCAGCCGGCAACGCCAGCACCUUGGGCAAGAUCACCGUCCAGGUGCCUCCACGCUUCGUGAACAAGCUGAGGAACUCCUCCUUCGUGGCCGGGGAGGACUCCCAGUUCACCUGCAUCAUCCAGAGCGCCCCUACCCCCAAGAUCAGGUGGUUCAAGGAGGGCCGGCUGCUGACGGACCAGGAGAAGUACCAGACCUACAGCGAGCCCCGCAGUGGCGUGCUGGUCCUGGUCAUCAAGGGCCCCACAGAGAGGGACCUCGGGCACUACGAGUGUGAGUUGUCCAAUCGUCUGGGCCACGCCAAGUGUGCCGCUGACCUGGUCCUCCCGUGUGUGGCGACUCGCUCUGCCGCCCAGGGCGUCACCAUCGAAGUGACUGAGCAGGAGACUAAAAUACCAAAGAAAACCAUCAUCAUCGAGGAGACCAUCACCACCGUGGUGAAGAACACGCGCAUGAAGCGCCACAAGUCGCCCGGCUUCUCCACCACCGCCACCUUCCGCACCGAGACCUCCACCCCGGAGCCUGCCGCGUCCCGGCACCGGCGGAUGCCCCCCGCCAGGAAGACCACCAUCCCGACCCUCUACGUGACGGAGCCCCAGGGCGCCGAGGCCCGGGCGGCGGAGCAGCAGCAGCAGCAGCGCAAGCCGCGCUGGGUGGAGGUGGAGGAGACCAUCGAGUACAAGGUCAACAAGUCGCCACGCCUCUCGCGCCGGCGGGGGGUCUCGCCGGCGGGGUCCGAGCGCUCCGUGGGGGGCGGCUCCGUGAUGGGGGGCCUGGGGGCCCGACCCAGGCGCUCGCCGCCGGAGAACCCCAACGCCAACAACUCCAACAACAAGCUGGUGGAGCAGCUGGCGGAGGACGACGCCCCCGGCCAGCCGCUGUCCUGGGACGCCCCGGGGCACGCCGCCCUCCCCCCCGGGCCCGCCUCCUCCUGGACCCCCGGCGGCGGGGCCUUCGAGGUGUCCUCCGUCUCCCACGGCGCGGCUGGGGAGGAAGACGACGACGACGAUGGGGAGAUGGACGACGAGGAGACCGUCAUCGUCGAGCCCGACAGCGACGACGGGGACGACCGCGAGCCCAUCGGAGAGCCUAAGAUCCUGUCCCGGGACGGGCGCGUGCUGACCCUGGAGGACCUGGAGGACUACGUCCCGCGGGAGGGCGAGCGCUACGGCUCCUCCGCCCGCCCCCCCGCGGAGAAGCCCUGUGAGAUCGCCGUGCUGCAGCGGGAGAUCGGGGGCUCGGCCGUGGGCCAGCCCGUGCUGCUCAACGUGGGACGUCCCCUCGCCGCCGCCGCCGCCCCAAGGCAGCGGGGCGGAUUCUUCAGCCGCUUCCGGGACCACCUCCCCGACGGCCUCUUCUCCUCCUCCUCCUCCUCCUCCGUCGGGCCCCGGGGCCCGGCGAGAGACGUCCCCAUCCAGGUGAGCCACGCCCAUCUGGAGGUCCAGCCCUCCUAUUGCUCCGAGGUGCAGAGAGUGGAGGGCGGCCAGCAGAGCUACAAGACCCGGGUGGUGGCCCGGACCUAUGACUACACCCCUGCGGGGAACCCCGUCACCCUUCAGUUCGGUAAGAAGCCCUACGGUGACCAGUAGGAGACGGGGAGACCAGCAGUGGCGGUAUCGGUAUCACAACCCCUGGUAGUCGUAAAUGGCAACAUUUCUAGAUUGAAGGCUGUUUGAAGUGCAUGUUGUUGCCGUGCGUUCGCUGCACAUGACGGCUCAUUCCACUGUAAAGCAGAACACCGCGAGAUGAGGGACAGCCCGGUCGACCGGUUGUCUAUUUCCGUUGGAGGCGUCACAUCGGCUGUAUAAUCUGGCAGCACUGAGGAGGAAUUUUAAUCAUAACUACGGUACUAUAUUGUUAAGGAACAAGUAAAAGUGCUAUAUUGUUUUGUUAACUUACUAAUUUUGAUUUCCGUUGGCCAUCAAGAUAACUGAUGCUGUAAAUGUCAUUUUAGCGAUCAACUGAUAUUAGCUUGUUUGGGUAUUGAAAGAAACAUUGAAAAUGGUCUUGAAAACGCAUUUUCAUUCCCGUUUUAUUUUACAAUGAUUGAUUUCACACAUACAAACAUUGUAUUACCUUGAGUUGUUGAAGGCUGUAAAUCUGUAAAUCUGCAGUCGUUUGAAAUUAAAAGCUCUGCCUAAACGAGCUCAGCAGAAGUGAAUAGUUAAAUGAAUGAACAAGAUGUCAACGGUUUAUUUAGUCAUCUGUAUUUGAACAGAUUGCUUUUCACAGAGAUAUAUAACGUUUAACUGAGUUUUGUCCAGAUUUUCACACAACGAAAACGUCUUUCUGAAGAAUUGGUAGAGUGACAACAGACCUCAGUGGGAAAUCAAGCGAUUAAAAGUUUGAGUUUUUAUCAGCAUGGAACAUGGAUUCAGUUCAUGAGGCACUGGAUAAUUAAAGGUAUUACUGCUCAGAUAUUUUAAUAUCUGCCGAUGCAGUGAAGUCACCAAGGAACUUAUUAAGGAUGUAAGACAGAUUCAAAGUCGAUUUAUUUAGGAGUGAAAGCAUGAUAUGUAUUAGUUUUUCAAAAGCAAAUGUAUUCAUAUCAGUUAAUGAAAUUAGAAGUUGAUUAACUCAUAUUUAAUAACUGGUGGAUAGGAGUACAAACGAUUGAUUAAAGUGCUUAAACUCACGUUAUUUAAAAUAUUUGGUUUAAGAUAAUCUAUAGCCAGUAGUUUAUUUGAAAAGGUAGUAUUGUUCUUUGAGGUGUUGUAGAAGUGCAUCAAGUAUUUUGUGUAAUCCUUUCAGAAUAAAUAGAUUACUACCUGUACUGUACAUUUUGAGAUUUCAUGAGAAUCAUGUUAUCAGAGUGAAUCUAAAGUAAAUAAAUUCAAUCAAACUAGGAAAUAUGA